AUAUAGAGAAAAAACUUUCAAGAUAACACAAAACCUCUCUCUCCCUAUUUGUUAAAGAAGAAGAAGAAGAUGAUGAUGGAUUCUCUAGCUAAAUGCUUCAACAGGCUUCAAGAAAGGUACGACAACGUUCUAGAAGCUAAACCUAUUUACAGAGACGACUUAGAAAUAACGUUGCCUCUGAACGAAUCAGAGGUUUCAGUAGAAUCAACCAAAAGGUCUCGGUGCUUGCAGAGAGCCAAGAGGAUUGACAAAGCGUUGAGGUUCGAAGCCGAAGACGAAGAAGAUGAAGAGAAGAAAAAGCCUCUAGCUAAGCCACGUAAGGUUGUGAGGUUUCAGUUAGAGAAUAAUAAGAUCUUCGAGCCAAAGAAAACGGUGAGGUUUGAUGAUGAUCACGAACUCGAACCAAAGGAGAAGCCUCCGGAAGAGAAAGAGAGUUUGAAUAUAGUUGAAGGGAAGGAAGAGGUUGUGAGGGUUAAGAUCAAGAUGACAAAGCAAGAAGCUCAAAGGCUGAUAUCGAAAUGCAAAAACGACAGCGUUUUUGAUUUGGAGCAUUUUGUGGACCAGAUCGCACACGUCCCUGUUCAUCAGCUUCAAGUCGCUAUGGUGAUGGUUGGUUGUAAUAAUGAACGACAAGGAAAUGGCUGCUGGUUAUCCCAGCUGAAAUAAGUUAAUUUUGAGUUUAUCUUUUGAAUUUUUUUGUAGUUUUAGGGUAGCAUCGAUACAAAAUAUAUGUGUGACUAUGUGUAUAUAUUUUGUAAAAGAUCAAUAGAAGUAACAUGAUUUU